AUGACAAACGACCAGCAUAUAUGUGAAGGCAGUAAUUGCAGCAGUUGUGCGCAGCCGGAUAAGGAUGAAAGUUUUGCCCAACUGGAAAAAGAACGGUCUGCAAGAGAGAAUCAUUGUCAAAUCGAAAGGCGACGCAGAAAUAAGAUGUCCGCCUAUAUUAAUGAGCUGUGUACAAUGGUACCAACUUGUAGCUCCGUGUCAAGAAGACCUGAUAAGUUGACGAUACUCCGAAUGGCCGUUAGUCAUCUUAAAGCCUUACGUGGUGCAACUAACAUUUCAGAUGGUUACCUUAAACCAUCCUUUUUAUCUGAUCAGGAGCUAAAACACUUGAUUUUAGAGGCUGCUGAUGGGUUUUUGUUUGUAUGUCGAUGUGAUACUGGAAAGAUUACAUACGUGUCAGACAGUGUUUCGCCUAUACUGAAUGCAACUCAGUCAGAUUGGUAUCAGCGUACUCUGUAUGACCUUUGUCAUCCCGAUGAUGCAGAAAAAAUUCGGGAACAGCUUGUCGGGGCGCAGCGUGCCUCCUCUUGUGCCGCACUGGGCCUUGAUUCGCCCCACGAUUCACUAACUAAUGGGACUAACUAUCACAAGUCUACGGACUCUUCAACCGCUUGCACAUCAUCUCGUGUUUUGGAUCUAAAGUCAGGAAUCAUAAAAAGGGAUGGAUCUAAAUCGCGUGGUGGGCUCUCUGAUGACCGCCGUGGCUUCAUCUGUCGAAUGAAAUUAGGCAACCUAUCAGCCACACAGGGUUCUUCAUCUGCGUCUACUGUUGCCCGUCAGGCCCGCCUGAGGCAUCAACAGAUUGUGCUCUCUGCUGCCGACUCUUUUGAUGGCGACGUUGGUGAUUUUGCUUCUGGCUCCCCAAAACAACGCUAUGCUUUAAUGCAUGUCACGGGGUAUGUCAAGAGCGCUCCCUCAACCGUUGAGUCGCCGAACCCAGUCAAUGCAGAUGGUUACCCGAUUCCACAUUCCUCCACAGACUUUGUUGUUUCACUGUUGGAUCGUGCCACGUCAGAAGGGGUGAAUGGGACAGGCAAUGGCGUUCAAGAGCCAAGCACGUCGUGCGAACAUUCACAUCCUCUAUACUUUGUGGCGCUUGCUCGCCUUCAGCUCACUAACCUUCCCAAUGCUGCCGAUCUAAUGCCUCACCGAACCUACCAAUUCACUGUUCGCUUGGAUGAAGACAAACUGAUCACCUUUUGUGAUCACCGCGUCGCCAAUGUUUUCACAUCUCCUCCCUGCGGUGCUGUCUCCCCUGAGCACGUCCUCGGUACAAGGUUCACCGAUCUCAUAAUUGAUCCUACCGAAUGUUCUUCAUUCUGUGAUGUCUUUGACCAAGCGUCCACUGAGACGUCUCCGCUUGAUGGGGGUGUUGGUGUCAAGUGUAGCGUCUAUGCCUUCAAAAACCCCUACAGUAAGAUUGUUGAGUAUGCCGUAUGCACCCUGACGUUGGCAGUGGGUCUCCAGGCUUCUACGACACCUCCAAAUGCUCAGCCACUUUAUUACUCAACCUUCACAUCGGCUGACUCUCAGCGGAGUCAGCAGCAGCAGGAGCGGCAGCAAACCCAGGAUCACAGCGAUAACGGGUCACUGUACUGGGGUCCUGUGCAAUGUUCACCUCUACAACAACAACAGCAGCAGCAGAGAGGCUAUGCUCCCGAAAAUGCCGUCUCCACUCCCCAUCAGUAUGAUUUCAGCGCAGCCACCAGCGCUACUAGAUGUAGUCCAAGCGUAACAGUCACUCAGCCCAAGUUUGGUACUGGUGAAAGAUAUGCAGCCAUAUUGGAUGAGAGUCAUCCCAUCAAUUCCUACACGCAGUCAGUACCUCAUCAGCCUUACCUCCAUACCAGCUCCUCAUACACUCACCCCCAACGGAACAUUCCCUUCACGGACGCGUCCGUCUACUCCCCCCCGUCAUCCUCCGAAGGUGCUACCAACAGAGCUUCUGCGAUCUCCUACCUCCCCAGACCCAGCGAUCAGCGAAAAGGCACCGGCGCAAGGGACUGGUGCCUAUAA